CGCGGCGCAGAACGGCUUCGUGGACUCGGCGGCCGCGCACAUGGGCGCCUUCAAGCUCAACCCAGGCGCGCACGAGCUGUCCCCCGGCCAGAGCUCGGCGUUCACGUCGCAGGGCCCCGGCGCCUACCCCGGCUCUGCCGCCGCUGCCGCUGCCGCCGCCGCGCUCGGGCCCCAUGCAGCGCACGUCGGCUCCUACUCUGGGCCGCCUUUCAACUCCACCCGGGACUUCCUGUUCCGCAGCCGAGGCUUCGGGGACUCGGCGCCGGGUGGCGGGCAGCAUGGGCUGUUUGGGCCAGGAGCGGGCGGCCUGCACCAUGCGCACUCGGACGCGCAGGGCCAUCUGCUCUUCCCCGGCCUCCCGGAGCAGCACGGGCCACACGGCUCUCAGAAUGUGCUCAACGGGCAGAUGCGCCUGGGGCUGCCCGGCGAGGUGUUCGGCCGCUCGGAGCAGUACCGCCAGGUGGCCAGCCCGCGGACCGACCCCUACUCAGCGGCGCAGCUCCACAACCAGUACGGCCCCAUGAAUAUGAACAUGGGUAUGAACAUGGCAGCGGCCGCAGCCCAUCACCACCACCACCACCACCACCCUGGUGCCUUUUUCCGCUACAUGCGGCAGCAGUGCAUCAAGCAGGAGCUCAUCUGCAAGUGGAUCGACCCUGAGCAGCUGAGCAACCCCAAGAAGAGCUGCAACAAAACUUUCAGCACCAUGCAUGAGCUGGUGACCCACGUUUCCGUGGAGCACGUCGGCGGCCCGGAGCAGAGCAACCACGUCUGUUUCUGGGAGGAGUGUCCGCGCGAGGGCAAACCCUUCAAGGCCAAAUACAAACUGGUCAACCACAUCCGCGUGCACACGGGCGAGAAACCCUUCCCCUGCCCCUUCCCGGGCUGCGGCAAGGUCUUCGCGCGCUCCGAGAACCUCAAGAUCCACAAAAGGACCCACACAGGGGAGAAGCCGUUCCAGUGUGAGUUCGAGGGCUGCGACCGGCGCUUCGCCAACAGCAGCGACAGGAAGAAGCACAUGCACGUCCACACCUCCGAUAAGCCCUAUCUGUGCAAGAUGUGCGACAAGUCCUACACGCACCCCAGCUCGCUGCGGAAACACAUGAAGUCCCCUUUGGUCUCCCCUCCCGGCUUUUGUCUUGCAGGUCCAUGAGUCCUCCCCGCAGGGCUCCGAGUCCUCCCCGGCCGCCAGCUCCGGCUACGAGUCGUCCACGCCCCCGGGGCUGGUGUCGCCCAGCG